UAGGUCAACUUGUUUUCGCGAGGUCACAAUCUUGGUGUUUCCAGCGCUAAGGCUUGGUUGCAUCUCAAUCCCAAAGGAAAGAUGUUGAUUACAAAAUGCAGAGAUAUGAACAAAUUACUGCCUCAUGUUCACAAAAAUGGUGACUCCUUGGUGGUGAGGUGCCUCUCUCUAAGUCCAAGUUGUUCCAGUACAAAGGAGGAAUACCAGUAUGUACACAAGUCCAAGGUGCCUACAAUGCAUUUCCAGAAAUCUCUAUUACGACUUCCUAUCCCAGAUUUGGAGAAGACCUGUUCUCGUUACCUGCGAUCACAGAAAGCCCUCUUGUCUGAUGAUGAGUAUAAAGUUACGGAAAACAUUGUUAAUCAGUUUAAGACUGGUCCAGGGUCAGAUCUUGACUGCAGAGCUCACUCAGGACAAGGAGUGUUAACUUACAAGACAAGAGGUGCUCGCAAUUACCAAAAGGCAGAAUUACAAGGAAAAAGAUGUAUUUAUAACGAAAAAGAAAGUGCCAAAUAA